CACUUGCGCAUUAUUCUGCAUCGACAGUUCCGUCUUUCAACCCGAAAGCAGUACAGAAAAAACGUAAUAGUGAACAAUGAACUUUCAAGCAAAUGUUCUUUUGCUCACGUCGUUCUGAUUUUUUUGCAGAUGUUGGUGAUGGCGUCCUUGAACCGAGAAUCGCUUUUCAAAAGGAACGUUUGCUCAUUUGGCCCAACAACAAUGCGGUCGACGAUGUGCUACUGUUUAGUGGCCCUCGCUCAACCGAAACCUGGUGACGUUGUCCUUGAUCCCAUGUGUGGAGGUGGUUCCAUUCCACUCGAGGGUGCACUGGCAUUUCCAGGAUGUCUGUUCUUCGGGGCUGAUCAUCACUCGGAAGCGAUUAGUCGAUGUUCUCGAAAUCUGUUAUCACAAUGUGGUUCGGUGGUGGCAUUCAUCGCCUGUGAUGCAGUCAAUCUACCUUUUUCUGAAAGCUCCAUUGAUGCUGUAGUCACUGACCUCCCGUAUGGCAAAAAAAUUGGCUCUGUUGGGGACAACCUCGUCUUAUACCCUCGCCUUCUUGUGGAAUGGGCGAGAGUGGUGAAGCCCAAUGGUCGUCUUGUAAUAAUGACUCAUGACAAAAGGAGUUACGGGUUUAAUUCAACGUGCUUCCUCGUUCCAAGGGGCCAGUUUCGGACAGCCAAUAAAAUAGUUAUAUGCCUUGCAAUUAUUUCAUGUACUCUUGACAUUCACAUAGGCAGGUGUAGGAAGUGUAGCGAGAAGUUGAUCAUUGACUUGUCGAGUCUUUGA